AUGAUUGAUCAAUCAUUCAAAGAAGAAUUGGGAAGAUAUCGAGAACGUGUCGAAGAUUUAUUCUAUUUUGAAAAUUCGAAAAUCGGUCGUGGAACUUAUGGAUUAGUAUACAAAGCGGUGCCAAAACAUGCCUCCAAUCAAUAUCCAAAUAAAGAAUAUGCGCUGAAAAUGAUCGAAGGUGUUGGUUUCUCAAUGUCUGCAUGUCGAGAAAUCGCACUUUUUCGCGAGUUACGACAUCCAAAUCUGAUUUGUUUGCAAAGAGUUUUUCUAACUAACGAGAAAAAGGUUUGGUUGUUGCUGGAUUAUGCAGAACACGAUCUUUGGCAUGUUAUUAAACAUCAUCGAACAGCGAAAAAUAAAAAGGUUCCAAUAAUGGUGCCUAGAAAUAUGGUAAAAAAUAUAUUAUAUCAAAUAUUGUCGGGUAUUCGAUAUUUGCAUUCGAAUUUUGUUUUGCAUCGAGAUUUGAAGCCGGCGAAUAUUUUAUUAAUGGGUGAUGGGCCACCAGAUAUGCGUGGAAGAGUCAAAAUUGCCGAUUUGGGAUUUUCACGAGUUUUUUCGAAUCCUUUGAAACCAAUGGCUGAAUUGGAUCCGGUUGUUGUUACAUUUUGGUAUCGAGCACCCGAAUUGUUAUUGGGAGCAAAACAUUAUACAAAAGCGAUUGAUGUUUGGGCGAUUGGUUGUAUUUUUGCUGAAUUGCUUACAGCUGAGCCUCUGUUUUUUUGCAAGGAAGAAGAUAUUAAGGCGCAAAGUCCUUAUCAUUAUGAUCAAGUUAAAAGGUAAGGGGAUUUGUUGGGAAAAGGGGAAUUAUUUUAAAUCUCUAGAACUCUUAGCUUUCACAAAAAUUUGAAUGUUUUAUUGAAACACUAAAAAGUUCUAAAUUUCCCUCCCGAAUUCCUUCUUUUCAUUCCAGAAUCUUCCAUCUUCUUGGUUAUCCAUCAGACACCGAGUGGCCAGAUAUGAAAAAGAUGCCGGAUCAUCAGAAAUUAUUGAAUGAUGCGAGAGCCGAAGGAACACCAAUUACAACAUAUCCGAAUAUGUUGCAUCGAUAUUUUGACAAAUGGAAAAUAUCGCCGGCUACGAAUCCAUACAAAUUAUUAGUUCGAUUAUUGACGAUUGAUCCGACGAAACGAGUUAGUUGUAAAGAGGCCAUGGAGGAUCCGUAUUUUAAGGUAAGAAUAAAGAGAUUUGGGGAGGGUUUAGGGAAAAUCUAUAUUUUCUUGAAUUUCAGCACAAAAUUUCAAGUUUUUGGCCGAAAAUUUUGAGUUUCAGCUGAAUUUUUGUGCUGAAAACGCCUUGUGAAUAAAAAAUGUCAUGUUUUCCCAGUUCCAGAUGGAUCCGAAACCAACCGAAGAUGUGUUCAACAAAUAUCCAAUACCAUACGCGAAGAAGGAGAAUCUUCAAGAAUCCGAAUUGUUAGGAACAAAGGCGAAACUGGAUGCAGCUCAAGCAGCAAUGCAGCAACAUCAAAUGCAGCAACAACAACAACAGCAGCAACAACAACAACAACAACAGCAGCAAGGACAUCCACAACAAGAUGAUAUGCAUAUGCAGGUGAGAUAGAGGAUAGUACGAUGAUACGCGUUUACGCCGUGAAAUUUGGAAAGAAUUGAGUUAGAAUAUGUGGUUUCAAACGAAGUUCCGCUUUUACGCAGUUUUCUGAGGAACUUACGAGACUCCGCAUUUACGUUGUAGAUGCUGGGAAAUCAGUCAGACCUAGUCUUUUUUUAAAUAAGUAGCUCCGCUUUUACGCAGUUAAUUUUGAGGAGCAUUUUCUGGGAUUUUUCAAUUCUAGAAAUUACGAAACUCCGCUUUCACGCUGUGUAUGUUUAGAAAUCAAUCAUACCUAUUUUUAAAUUACGAAGCUCCGCCUUUACGGCAUAAAAAUCCACUGUUUCAAAAAAUCCGAUUUUUUCCAGUAUCAAAUGGAUCAUCAAGGCGGACCAGACGAGCCACCAAACAAAAUGAUGCGUCGAAUGGGUUACGGUCAAGACUAUAUGGGUGGUCCGAUGAUGGGACCCGGUCAAAUGCAACCCCAACAACAAUAUGCACAAUAUCAGCAGGCGCCACGUGGAUUUCCGCCUCAACAACAAAUGAUGCGCCCAGGUCCGCAGGGAUAUCAAAUGGCGCCAAAUCAACAGCAGCAACCCCAACAGCAGCAGCGUUGGCCUCCUCAACAAAAUCAACAACAACAAUUCAGAUAA